CUCACUGCCCACCAAGAUCAUCAUCAAUGGCUAUUUGGACGACCCCGAUAAAAGCAUCUGGACCAAAACAAUGCGCGACGAGUUUUUGCAUGUUUCCAAUUGUAAUGUGAUUUUUGUGGACUGGAGUGCCGGCAAUGGCGGCAAUUAUGACCAGAAUGUGAAAGGUUUAUCAUUAAGCAAAGUACAUAUCAUUGGACAUUCUCUCGGAGCGCAUACAUCCGGAUUCGUUGGCCACGCAUUUAAUGGCCAGAUUGCCCGGAUAACUGGCCUAGAUCCAGCAGGCCCCGGAUUUAACGGUAUGCCCGCAUCAGACAAACUUAAUCCAACAAACGCACAAUUUGUGGAUGCCAUACACUCGGAUGCUGUGCUAAAUACAGGCGCUGGUAUAGUGGAAAACUCUGGUCACCUAGAUUUUUGGCCGGACAACGGCAAAAAUCAUCCUGGCUGUACGUGUAUUUGCAUGUGCCUGGUAAAUUGAUUAAUAU